UCUAAACUACAUUUAACCCCUAUACUUAGGAUCCAAAACGAGAAGAGGAUAGGCGGAAAUACGCUGUCGUAUAAUACUAACCCUUUAGGUCAUUUCUGUUCCAGCAGCAUCCUGUCCCGACUACAACACUGCCCUUUCUCUCCGUGUCAAGCUCGAUAGCCAUGGCCUUUCUCGCGCGCGGAGCCGCAUCCCUAACCCGUAUUUCUACAUCCGCUUCCAAAUCUCCGAUUCAACUUGUCCACCGCCGCGGCCUUGCCGGAGCUGCAGAUCCUCAUGCUACCCCUAAAGUUGACAUCUGGAAAGACCCAUUAAGCCCUUCAAAAUGGAAGGAAGAGCACUUUGUGAUUGCCUCAUUAACUGGCUGGGGAGUACUCAUCUAUGGGGGAUACAAGUUAUUUUCCGGAGGCAAGAAAGAAGAGAAAUUACCUGAAGCGGCACAUUGAUGUUUGCAACGUAGUAGAACACAGUUUUCCUGGUAAUAAUGUGUGUGCCCGGGCCUUUUUUUGGGUUUGUUAGACUGAUCAUGUUUGCUGGCAAGCAAACCUUUUGCCUUGUUAUCAAAUAAUUCUUACAGACAGUGAAUAUUUGAAGAUGGUUCUUUCCAUAACGUAACAAUAUGUUACUUUUAGCGUUA